AUGGGACCGAAGGAUGACUGCGAAUCAUGGUUCUACCUCAUGCUGGAUCUAACUGUUCCAGGAGGUCUUCUCUGGAAGAGAAUGGCCGAUAAACACGAAGUUUUGAAAGUUAAGGAAGAGUGCAGAACAACAAGAAGGGAGAGCAUGCUUGGACCGCUAAAAUGUAAAGAGGAGCUGUGGCGAGUACUUGACUACAUCGACAAACUGCAUUACCAUGACCAUGUGGACUAUUCUUACAUUUAUAAGCUACUUGAGGAGGGUGCCAUCAUUUCGGGAGGAAACAUAAAAAAUCCAUAUGAUUGGGAAGUCGAAGCAUUAGUGUAG